GCACAAGACGUGGUAAGUAUGGAGACAAGAUAAACUUAGCUGAGCCUAAGAGGCCAGGCAUAAGCACCGGAGUGAGUAUAACAAACUGGCGUAGAAUUCUGGUGAGAGCUCCCUUAUGAAGACCGGCAGGAUGAUGAGAAGAUGAGGAUCAGCUGGUUCCAAUCAGCAAGGUGGUGAGAGCUGUAGGAGGGGGGGGAGUUGAACUGACAGGCACCGUGACAAUUCCUGUUUCUUUUGUUUUGUAAUAUCUAAUAUUUAAUCUUGACUUCUAUUCCAAUUUAAAUAGCCAUGUUAACAAAGACUUUAUCAGACAACCACUGUUUAAUUAAGAAAGAUCAACUUAGACUAAACACUUGUGUUAUUUAAAUACGAUAAAACUAUAUAAAUUGUCCAUUUUGUGCUUCUGUUUACAUUUCUUUAUCAACAGAUUAUUUGGUUUUCCAUCAAGUAAACUUAGUGUGACAUAAAAAAAAACUAACUGAUAACAUUAAAGAAACUCACAUUUGAUGCAAAGUAGCUACAGUAGCUGUAAGAGUAAACAUUUUGUUUUCUUCUGACAUUUCUUAUUAACUUUUUAGUUUCACAUCUUUCAUCCUUUUUAAUUUGCUAAUUAGCAACGCCAGGGUGAAAGGUUUGAUAAGCACCUGCAUUCGCCAUUGAGGAGAAGAGGAGAGCUUGGGCUGUUUAUUUUUGAUGGCCAAUCUUUUUUUUUUUAAAUAUAUUUUGAUACCUUUUGUGGUUACUAUUUUGUUAGCAGUCAGCUUGUUCUCAUGCUGGUAAAUUCUCAUCUACACCUACACCUUCAGACGUGUUUAAAAAAAACAUGGAAUGUAGUUUAAAUGUAUAAAAUACAAACAUUUAUGUGUAACAAGAAAUUCUAUUUGAUUCAGUUUGACUUUGUAGCUGUUGAAUUUGAAUGCAACAGCCUCCCCUUUUGUCUGUUGUCAUAUCUGUUUUGUGUUUUGCGGUUCAGUCCUGCCACUGAAAGCUUCUCUAGGUUCGAACGGAGGGGGACCUCCAGCUGCCAUCACUUCUUCUGAACACACUAAUCUGUCUGCUUUCAGAUUGAAGAGCUGCAGUUUGUCAGAGAUCAGUUGUGAACCUCUGGGCUCAGUUCUGAAGUCCAAUCCAUCCAAUCUGAAAGAACUGGACCUGAGCAGGAACAUCCUCCAGGAUUCAGGAUUUCUACAUCUGCGUGGUUUUCUGGAGAGUCCAGACUGCAGACUGCAAAUGUUGAGGUUGGAGAGUUGCAAAUUUUCCAAGACCAGCUGUGAGUUUUUGGGCUCAGCUCUGAAGUCCAACCCGUCUUAUCUGAGAGAAUUGGACCUGAGCAGGAACAUCCUCCAAGAUUCAGGAUUUCUACAUCUGCGUGGUUUUCUGGAGAGUCCAGACUGCAGACUGGAGACUCUGAGGUUGAAGAACUGCAGUUUGUCAGAGAUCAGCUGUAAAGCUUUGGUCUCAGCUCUGAAAUCCGACCCUUCCAAUCUGACAGAACUGGACCUGAGCUGGAACACAAUAAAGGAUUCAGGAGUUCUCCAUUUGCGCCGUUUUUUGGAGAGUUCAGACUGCAGACUUCAGACUCUGAGGUUGGAGAGCUGCAGUUUGUCAAAGAUCAGGUGUAAAGCUCUGGGCUCAGCUCUGAAGUCCAACCCGUCCAAUCUGACAGAACUGGACCUCAGCUUGAACAAACUGAAACAUUUAGGAUUUGUUCAUCUGCAUGGUUUUCUGGAGAGUCCAGACUGCAGACUGCAAACGUUAAGGUUAGAAGACUGCAGAUUGUCAGAGAUCAGCUGUAAAGUUCUGGGCUCAGCUCUGGAGUCCAGCCUGUCUAAACUGACAAAACUGGACCUGAGCAGGAACACCCUCCAGGAUUCAGGAGCUCUUUAUCUAUUGGAAAAGUGCAGUUUGUCAAAGAUCAGCUGUGAAUCUCUGGGCUCAGCGCUGAAGAACAGCCCGUCCAAACUGACAGAACUGGACCUGGGCAUGAACAACCUGCAGGAGUCAGAUGUUCAGCAGUUCCAGGAUCUGGUGGGAGGGGUAGGGUUCAUGCUUUUGAUGUUCCUCCUGGUGGAGCAGAGAAGAGCAGCAGCUGGUCUACAGAGAUGUUCUGACUGGGAGGUGGAGAGCAGAGUGAUGGAGGAGUCAGAGGAAGUUGAGAUGAGUGUCAGAGCUGCAGCAUGA